AUGUCAAGGGAGCAAAUAAAUGAGAUACAAGAUGGAUUACUAAGGAGUGCGUAUCCAUUCUUGCCGAUGGUGAAAGAUAAGAGAGUUGACAAGGAGGAUACAGAUAGCUUGAACGAGGUGCUUGGAGACGAACUGAUGGAGAAGAUCAAGGACAAAGGGUUGGUAGUUAAGCAAUGGGAGAACCAGGUGGAGAUUCUUGGUCACCCAGCGGUUGGUGGGCUUUUCAGCCAUUGCGGGUGGAACUUGGUGACUGAGGCUGCAUGGCACGGCGUGCGGUUACUAGUAUGGCCAGCAAAAAGGGAUCAGAAAGUGAAGGCAACGGUGGUGGAGAGGAGUGGGUUGGAUGUGUGGCCAAAAACAUGGGAAUGGGGUUUAGAGACGGUGGUGAAAAGAGAAAAAAUAGGGGAGAAAAUUAAACAGAUGAUGGGAAGUGAAGAGUUGAAAUUGAGAGCUAAACAAAUUCAAGAAGAGGUAAGGAAAGCUGUGAGUGCUGGUGGCAGCAGUAACAUUGCGCUCAGCGAAGUCAUUGAUGAGUGGAGCAACGUCGAAGCAACGAUGUGA